CAAACAAUAAUGGCACGGAGAGUAUAAUAUAUAUGGAGUUAUACAGGCACAGAAAAAAUUGAAAGUCACGCACUUCCCGCAUAGCCAUAUAGCUCAGUGUCCAGCUUCGCCUAACCGUUUUUCCGUUAAUGGAGUUUUUCACCAAGGCAAAAGCCGUUAAGCUCCGUAGCCACCUCGACAAGUACCUCGUGGCGGACCGGGACCUCGAGAAAGUCCACCAGAGCCGAAAAGGCGACACAAGAAGGGCCAAAUGGAUCGUUGAAGUCGUGAAUGAUGACGACAUCAACGGCGGCGGCGGCAGUCACCGCGUCCGGCUGAAGAGCUGCCACGGGAGGUAUCUUGCCGCUACGGAAACCCCUUUCCUCCUUGGGAUGACCGGAAACAGGGUGGUCCAGGCAGAGUUUGACAACAGCCUCAGUUGGAAGUUCGAGUGGGAACCGGUUCGAGACGGUUUCCAGGUCAGGCUCCGGAGCUGGUGCGGGAAGUUUCUCAGAGGGAACGGUGCGACUCUUCCGUGGAGGAACACCGUCACUCACGACGACCCUGUUUCAGGAAUUUCAAGUGGUUGGGUCCUAUGGGAUGUUGAGGCCGUGGAAUUGCCGGAAGAAGAGGAAGAUGAUGAGGUGGAUGAGUAUGCUUCUUUGGCUUUCUCCGAUGAGUUUUUCGCCCCUUCAGACCCGCCGUCGCCGAUGUCCGUUUUCUCCCUCAAGUCUCCGCCAGUGAGGCAGGCCUCCAAGUUGGGUCAGAAAACGACCUCAAACAACAAAUUCCGAAACGGCAUGGAUUUCUUCCGGCACGCAAAGGCGGUGCGCCUCCGCAGCCACCAUGACAAGUAUCUCAUAGCGGAGGACGACGAGGAAACCGUUACGCAGGACCGCAACGGUGCCUCAAAGAGUGCCAGGUGGCACGUAGAGUACGUGGACAGUUACGACAACAUAAUCCGCCUCAAAAGCUGUUACGGAAAGUACCUAACCGCCUCAACAAACCCGUUCCUCCUUGGCAUGACGGGGAGGAAGGUUCUCCAGACGCUACCUUCCAGAUUGGACUCUUCAGUUGAAUGGGAACCGGUUAAGGACGGUGGGCGCGUGAAGCUGAAGACGCGCUAUGGGAACUUUUUGAGGGCAAAUGGUGGUGUUCCUCCGUGGAGGAACUCCGUGACUCAUGAUAUUCCGCAUAGGACGGCCACACAGGAUUGGGUUCUUUGGGAUGUUGAUGUGGUGGAGAUUCAUGUUCGUCACUCUCCGACGACUCAGAAGAAUGAAGAGAUGGCGGCGGUGCUGGAGAAUCUCAAGCAGCCUUCUGCUCCGCCGUUGCCGAGGGCGGAGGAGGAGGAGGAGAAUCUUGAUGAGAGGUUUGGAAUGAGCAACGCCCCGUCAUCUCGUAAGCACGCCAAGUCUGGAACCUUCUUGAGGCAGUGGAGUAAUAUGAGUGGCGGGUCGUCACCCAAGGUGGAAGGUAGAACCAUAUACUACCAUGUUGCUGAAGACAAUGGAGAAGUAACUGAUGAAGGUGCAGGGUAUUCCUUGAAUUUCAAGGGUAAUGGAGUUGAAGAACUAACUCGUAAGUUUGAGGAAGAGACAGGUCUAGAGGGUAUCAUUGUGUGUAAUAGGAGUCCAUUGAAUGGAAAACUAUAUCCUCUUCGCUUGCAGCUUCCUCCAAACAAUGUCACCAUGCAAGUUGUCCUUGUUCUUCCUUAUUCACAAGUGGCAAGAGACUUUGAGGCACAAGGUUUAAUUUGAGAAGCCUAUGAUUAUUAUUAUUAUUGCAGCACAUCAAGGCCUAUAUUAUCCGUAUGUAUAUACUGAUCAUUGCAUUUAUGAAGCAAAAUUCAUCAAGGCCCUUUGGAAGCUGAGGAUUGAAAUUAUUGUAGGCAAUGAAACAGAUCAUCAUUACUGCAAUAUCAAUUCAUCAAUGGCAUCCAAUGGAUCAUCGGGGGUUCUGAUGGUAGAUUUUGUUUGAAACUUCUCUAUUUCAUUAGGUUUAGAUUUAAGUAUAAGCAUGAUCUUCAUUUGGAUUCAGGAUUUUGUAUUGCUUGAAGGCCUUGUAUUUUUUAAGUAUUUUUUUGGUGAUUCGUGAUUUUUCUCUAGGCAGUGGUCAUAACUCAUAAGGCAUGUAAAUAUAAGUUUUGUCAGAAAUUAGAGGCAGACUUUGGUGAAAAAGGAGAAUUAAGUAAGUUUGUUAUA